GAAGUGUCCGUAUUGUGGCGCUUCCAGUAUUGUGACAAAUCUCGUGUUUGUUGUUUUAGUUCCUUAAUCUCACUGAUGUGCGGUUUAAUGUUGAUUUAAAGCUGUGUGUCAGUUCAUGUUUUAUUCCCGCUAUGGCGGCGGAGUUUAUAGUGAAGCUCUAUGAAAUUUCUCCUCUUUUUUACAUCAGUGUGAUAGCGUUAUGUUUCAUCCUCACUGUGGCAGCAGUGCUGGGCUGGUUUGGUUUUGAUGUUCCAGUGAUUGUGAGAAGUUCAGAUGAAAGUGAUUCUCUUCCUCCUGCUCCAGAGAAGAAGAUGGUUCAGGUUCUCAAUCCGUUCUCUCUGGAGAUCGACACAGACACCAAGCCAGGAACAGUGAUGGAUGGUGUGUGCCUGAGGUCAUGCUGUUUAGAGGAGUGUGUGUUGAGUUGUUAUUGGGGCUGCAGUGUUCAGGCUCUGCAGUUUGCCCUGCAGGAACACCGCUACACACGACGACUGAACACAGCACGUUUAUUCCAACAGGCUUUACAGGGGCAGUACCUGCACUGCCACACCUUCAUCGUGACUAAAGGUCAGAGGUCAGAGUGUGUCACUCAAAUGCCCCCUGAUCUCGGAGUGACAGAUUUCGGAUUCCUGCCAAGAGAUCGCUAUCCGCUAGUCACUGUUCUCACCCUAGCUAACGCAGAGGAGAGAGAUGCUUAUGACAUUGCAGUGAGUGUUACAGUUCUUCAUGUUCCUGAUGAUAAGUACCGUCUCUCUGCGAGGAUCCUGUUCCAUGCCCUGCUCACUGCUGAUGGAAACAUGUUUGAUCUGAAGCCGCUCUUCAUGUCCACUGAUGGCACAAGUCCCGCCCCUACAGAGGAAGAAGCAAAGCCACAAGAAAAAGAACCAAAGGAUGAGGAGUCGGAGUCAGAUGAAGAUGGGGCGUGGUCAGAAGCUGUAGGGCGGGACUGUGUGGUGUGUCAGAACGCAGCAGUGAACCGUGUGUUGUUACCGUGUCGUCAUGCGUGUGUGUGUGAUGAGUGUGUGUGGAGGUUUCAGCACUGCCCCAUAUGUCGAGCCUUUGUCUGUGAGUCCUUUACACUGUCUCUGCCCACACACACUCCUCUGUCAUGAGGGGCAGGGCUUGUAAUCCAAGUGCAUACACACACACAGCACUAUUUUUUAAUGAUACUUUAGAGAUUUUAUUCAGUUUCCAUAAUCACAUCUGAAGUCCUUUGGAGAGAUUUUCCUCUUCUGUUAAAACUAGUGCACUAUGUAGUGAACACACUGUAAUAUUGUGUAUAUAAAUGUCAUAUUUUAUUUAUUUAUUGGUCUGAUUGUGUGUUCUGAAGGUCAGAGAGGUUUUAAAUCCAUCAGUGUUAAAUGUAAACAUGUAAAGAUGAGUGUUGAAUGAAAUAAAAGAUGUAUUUCAGGACAUAAAGUAUGUCUUCUAGAAGUGUGAAUGUAAUAAAUCAGGACUCACUGUCUCACAAA